AUGGUGAAGAAGGCCAAAACCAAGGCAACAGUGAUUCAGAUCGACUCCGAUGACACCUUGUCUAUAUCCAAGCUGGCCGAGGUUGAGAAAAGCACUUCCGCCGCAGAGAAGAGGCCCGCCGAGGCUGACCCCUCUGAAUCAACUAAGUCAAAGAAGCCGAGGUCGGACUCUGCAGUCACCUCGGGUUCUCUUAAAUCUGAUGACCCCUGGGCCCCCUCCAUCAUGAUUGAGGACAAACCAAUUAGAGCCGGUGACAGCGCCUCUGAUAUUGAGGUCGGCGUCGCCCUCUCCACUGCGCUGCUUCUUCCCAAUGACCUCAACUGUAUGGCCGAGGCGAUCCAGCACGCCCACUCCUUUGCAAUGCAACCAGAAGAAAUGAAGAAGGAGCUGGUCCACAAGACCAAGGAGGCUAUUGGUUUACUCAAAUCUUUAAAUAAUGCCGAGGCCAAGAUGAAAGCCUUGAUAGAUCAGGCCAAAGUAGCUAAGCAAGCUCAAGAUGAUGCCGAGGAAAAGGCAGGUGCUGCAAAGGCUGUUGCUGAGGAUGAGGGGGAAGAAAAAGAAGAAGAAGAUGGAGAGGAAAACGAAGACGAAGAGGCCGAGGUGGCAGCUGAUGCUGAAGUUUCUACUAGGGUCAAGUCCCUAACUCUGAAUGAGCAAGUCCUAGACUUGACUCAGGAUGAGGAGAACGAGGUCUCAAAAGGUGCCUCCCCCAAGAAGACUGCAUCCGAGGUGCCUAUUGCCGAGAAGAGCCUCGAUCAGACUCUACAAGAGAUCGACGCUGAGCACGAGGUUGAGAAUGCUGCCGAGAAGAUUUCCCAUUUGUCUUCUAGGGCCGAGACACAGCCUGCCACCGACGUCGAGUAG